AUGAGAACAGCCCCACCAAGGCUGGAGAUGGUGCAAUACCGGAAGAGCACAUGGGAGAAAGAUGCAACCCAUAACAACAAUGCUCAGUGGCUAGCCGAGCCCCAGCAAUCUCCCCAAACAGGAUACAUACCAACCACAUGUAAGCUCCUGUCCUGCAUCAUAGCCUCUAAGAUUAAGAGCCACAUGGCUCAGUACAUGAGUGAGGUACAGGAAGGAGUUGCCUUGCUUCAUACUGCAGAGGUUCCUCAUCUGAUCUCUUUGACUACACUUGAACUUGGUGGCAAUGCCACUUUUCACUGUCCGUUCUCUGAGAAGACAGACAGAUUCUUCCACUGGUAUAAGCAGUCUCUUGGGAAAAUGGUCCAAACAGUAGCUACAGUAGUUUAUAACAAGAUAGAGUUCAUCAGUCCAUUUAAUCAUACACGUUUCCAUGUCCAUAAAUCAAAUGAUCAGUGUUUUCUUACUAUCAAUCACAUAAACAAAGAGGAUGAAGCAACAUACUUUUGUCAAACUGGAUCCGAGUUUUUACAACAUUUUGUUAGAGGAUUCUUCUUGGCUGUAAAUGAUUAUAAUCACCAGACAUCUGUCUAUGUGACGCAAACUCCAAAGUCAUCAUCGGUCCAACUGGGAAACACAGUCACCCUCCAGUGUUCAUUUCUCACCAAGAACAAAGAAAGCAGUGUUCAGUGUCCCAGUGAUCGCAGUGUACACUGGUUCAAAAGUGGAUCAGGAGAAAACCAUCCAAGUAUCAUUUAUAGAAAUUUCACUCAUAGAAACAGCAUGGAUGAUACAGAGAGACGCUGCAUCUACCAUCUGUCCAAAACAAUACAGAAUUCCUCUGAUACUGGGACUUACUACUGCGCUGUCGUCACAUGUGGAACGAUACUGUUUGGUGAAGGAUCUAAAGUGGACACAAGAACAGAAGUGGACCCAGUUAUUCUUAUUCUUGGAGGAUUGUUGGUCUGCUGUGUGAUUGUAAUCAUCGUCCUCAUUUCCUGCAUGACUUGUUGUCAUUUCAAAGGUUGA